CGACUUUUCGAAAGUUUCGAAGCGCAGUCCUCUUUUUUUCGUCACAACCGGUUCGUCGUAUAGGCUCGCAGUGCAAUUUGAAAGAUUUGAAGGCAAAGUAUACACAGGAGCCUGAGCCUCACCCCACGAAAGGUCCACGGUCCGUCAGCUCUCAUUUACUCUCGUCACAACAAGCCACAAUGUACUUCUGUCCAAGCUGUGCAAAUAUGCUACUCAUCGCCCAGGGCGAGUCGGGUCAUAACCAAUUCGUGUGCCAAACAUGUCCAUACAUACACUGGCUCACUUUUGUAUUACCACUUUGUAUAAAGCCCAUUACAAGUCGAACGACGUACAAACGAAAACAAGUGGACGACGUGCUGGGCGGUUCCGCGGCUUGGGAGAACGUCGAUGCAACAGAAGCCCGCUGCCCGAAAUGCGACCACAACCGCGCCUACUUCAUGCAACUCCAGAUUCGAUCUGCCGAUGAGCCCAUGUCCAUUUUCUUCAAGUGCUGCAAUUGCGCUGAACAGUGGCGCGAAGGAUAA